UUUUUCAAGUAAAGAUCGAAUAUUUUCUUGUUCAAGAAGCUUGUUGAUAGCUUUUAAUCUUCUCUGUGAAAAAAUGAUGCAAAGAAGAGUCCAGAACCUCGAUUUAUUUUCUUGUCAAAUAGACAAAGGUGACAACGAACUGGGGCUUUGUACUUGUAUCUUCUUUGAUCCAGCAGAUGAGGAUGGAAAGGAACCAGGGGUUUUUAUAACUGAAAUUAUUGAAGGAGGUGCAGUUCACAAACUUGGAUGUAUCCGUGUAUAUGACCAGAUUAUUAAAAUAGGUGACAUCAAUCUAAUUGGAUUGGAUGAAGCAGAAAUCGUCUCUACUUUUAAAAAAAUGAACAAUUCUCCUUUCAAGAUUGAAAUUGGCCGCGAACCACCUGAAGUGAAGUCAGAACUUAUCGAACUCCUUGAGUUGUCAGAGGAAAGGAAGAAAUAUUUUAUGGAUUCGCUCAUAGUACAGGAAAAAAUUGGAGAUAUCACUAUUGUGAGAGGACAAGCAAGUAUUUGUAGAAGUCCAAGAGUACCAUGGUACUGGAUGGCCAGUGACCUGAAAUUUGUUAUUGGGGCACUGAAAAUAUUAAUAGAAGAAGAUCAGGGAUGUAGAAAAAACAUCCAAGCUAUCUUUGAGCAGGCUAACAUUUUUCAAGACAAAUAUAAAGACAUGAACACAUACAAAGUGAAUAUGGAACAGAAACCUGAUGAAUCAAAUAAAGAAGGCACAUUUUUACCAUUGGCCCCAGAAGAAGAAUUAUUACUAGAACAAUUUAAAAUAAAACCUAAAGAGAUAAAAAAUGAAGAUUUAUCACCAGGGCAAUUAUUAGCCCAAGGGGAUUUCAAUUCAGGUGAGAAAAAUGAGGCCCGGAGAAGAUAUUCAGAUAGUUACUUUCCCAGCUGUGACUUCAUGGCUUCUGGCUCUAAAAUCAAGGCCAAAGAGACCCCAAUAAAAAAAGAAAAAGAAGAAGAUGAAAUAGUAGUGGAGGAAGAGAUUAUUAGCACUGGAAAACCUACAGAGGGAAAGGCUAAAAAGAGAUUUUCCUGGUUCCGCAAUAUCAAAGAAUGCAAGCUGUGGAACUUCUUUCAUUUUAAAAAACAUGACAAACAAGUAAAGAAUGUGCACAAGUGGGAAGAAAUUGAUCAAGAGGUAUUGGAUGAUUACUGUCCUUAUUCUACUGAAGCCCCUAAAACAUUGCCAACAGAGUGGACAAAUAUUGAAGUUGGUAAUUGGUUAUGGAGCAUUGGAAUGGAGGAGUAUGUUGUAAAAUUUUAUUGUAAAGGAAUAAAUGGUGAAAAACUCCUUACACUGGACAAUCGCUCUCUAAAAGAAAUCGAAGUCAACAGGAAGAAAGACCGCCGGAAAAUACUUAAGGCUAUUAAGAAAGUUAGAGAUUUUUGGGAAAAAAAUCAUCAUUUCGUCUUACUAUAGAAAUUGAUGGAAAAAAGACACAGAAACUGAAAGAUAUGGCAAAAAUGGAAAAAGCAAUUACUUUUGUUAUAUUUACUUUUCAUCAUUUUACUUCUAUGUUACUUUUGUUAUAUGAACUUUUAAGGGAUUUUACUUCUAUGUUAUUUUUGUUAUUAUUAACUUUUAAUCAUUUCACUUCUAUGUUACUUUUGUUAUAUGAACUUUUAAGGGAUUUUACAUCCAUGUUACUUUUGUUAUAUGAAC